ACACUAACAUGUCACUCCACACCCAAAAUGGCAACAACAUUAACUAGAGCCCCACACAAAACACUCCCAAUCAUCUUCCUACUCCUAGUAUUCCUCGUAACCCUUCUCCUCUUCAGCAAACGAUCUAUCGAUCCCCAUUUACCCAUUUACACAUCAACAGAUCCAUACAACCCACUUCCAGAUCCUCAAAUCCCCCACCCCGAUUCCAUUUCCACUGAAAAACCCCCAAUUCUUGAACCCAAAUCAACCGAUCUAGAACUCCUUAACAACGACUCAAUUUUGAAAAACGAAACUGGGUUUGUUGAAUCUGAGUCUGUAGACCAAAACCCAUUUGUGGAAUCCAAUUCUGAUGAGUCUGAAUCGGUUAAAGAUGAUGACUUGAUUGUGGAGAAAAGUAGUGUUCUUGAUGAUGAAUGGGUUAAGAAGAGUGUGGAUUGGGGGAGGGGGUGUAAUAUGUAUUCUGGGAAAUGGGUGAGAGAUGAUGAGUACCCGAUUUAUAAACCCGGGUCUUGCCCGUUUGUUGAUGAAGCUUUUGAUUGUCAGGCUAAUGGGAGAGCUGAUGAAGAUUAUAUGAAGUGGAGGUGGCAGCCUGAUCAAUGUGAGCUUCCAAGGUUCAAUGCAACGGAUUUCUUGGUGAGGCUAAGAGGAAAGAGAUUAUUGCUUGUGGGGGACUCCAUGAACAGGAAUCAGUUCGAGUCACUUCUUUGCAUGUUAUACGAAAGCCUUCCUAAUAAGAGCAAAAUGUAUGAAAUUAAUGGAAACAAAAUAACCAAAGGAAGAGGCUAUUUUGUCUUCAAAUUUGAGGAUUAUAACUGCACGGUUGAAUUUGUGCGGUCCCAUUUUCUUGUACGGGAGGGAACUCGGAUUAAUGGUCAAGGAAAUUCGAAUCCAACAUUAUCAAUGGACGUAAUUGAUAAAUCAGCUAGACGUUGGAAACGGGCUGACAUACUUGUCUUCAAUACCGGACAUUGGUGGGUUCAUGGAAAAACUAGUAGAGGGAAAAAUUAUUUUAAAGAAGGGGAUUACAUAUAUCCAAAGUUUGAUGCCGUGGAAGCUUUUAGGAGGGCUUUAAAGACGUGGGGAAAAUGGAUUGAUAAGAAUAUGAAUCAAAAUAAGUUGGUGUUCUAUCGCGGUUACUCAUCUGCCCAUUUCAGAGGCGGAGAAUGGGAUUCAGGAGGGACAUGCCACGGAGAAACCGACCCCAUAAAAACUGGACGAAUCAUCGAAACCUACCCACCAAAAAUGAAGAUAAUAGAAGAAGUGAUCCAAGAAAUGCGAUUCCCGGUUGUACUUUUAAACGUAACGAGGUCAACUAACUUCCGUAAAGACGGUCACCCAUCGGUUUAUGGCAAGAAUGUGACCGGAUUGAAAAAGGUAUCAACUAAAAAGGAAGAUUGCAGUCAUUGGUGUCUUCCAGGAGUCCCUGACGCUUGGAACGAACUCAUUUAUGCCACGCUAGCAGCAGCUCAAACAAAUUAAUUGUCAAACUUCAUCAUGUGUUGACUUUAUCCGGUCAAUGUACAUUGGGUUUGGUUUCUUGUAGAAAGGAAGGAACAAUUGUAUUUGUGAUUUUAUUAUUUAUUAGAUAAGCAAGAUGAUAGUUUCAAGUUUCGAGAAUAGUUUAAGAAGCAAGCGUUCUGGUAAGAAUCAAAUAUACGUUGAGAA